AUGGUCAAUCUCACUGUGUAUUUCAACAUCACUGUCGAUGGACAGCCCUUGGAUCAUGUCUCCUUCAAGCUGUUUGCAGACAAAGUUUCAAAGAGAGCAGAAAAUUUUCAUGCUUUAAGUAGUGGAGAGAAAAUAUUUGAUCUUAAGGGUUUCUGCUUUCACAGAAUUAUUCCAGGAUUUAUGUACCAGGGUGGUGACUUCACACACCAUAACGGCACUGGCAGCAAAUCCAUCUAUGGGGAGAAGUUUGAUAAUGAGAACUUCAUCCUGAAGCAUACAGGCCCUGGCAUCUUGUUUAUGGCAAAUGCUGGGCCAAAUACAAAUGGUUCUCAGUUUUUCAUCUGCACUGCCAAGACUGAGUGGUUAGAUGGCAAUCAUGUGGUCUUUAGGAAGGUGAAAGAGGGCAUGAACAUGGCAGAAGCCAUGGAGUGCUUUGGGUUCAGGAAUGGCAAGACUAGCAAGAAGAUCACCAUUACUGACUGGAUAACUCUUAACACAUUUGACUUGUGUUUAUCUUAA